AAAAUCAGUAGUUUUAGGUUGGUGACAAUGAGAUUAAGAGCAUUUUCAUUCUUGCCAACUCAAAGCAAUUAAGUGAAACUGGAACAGAUUUUGGAAAUUGCACAACAAAGUAGCACCUUCCUGGUAGUAAUAUAGAUUUUGAUCAAAAUUUUGUAUUGAUAUUGACGCAUCCUUAUCGAUAAGAUUACAAUAAUUCAUUUAAUACAAUCGCUUUGUUCGUCGAAAACCGUCCCCAAAUCAGUUUUUCUAUUUGCUUAGUUAAUUAAUUAUGCAGACGGACGCUGCCCCCAAUAUUUCCAAACAAAAUGAUCCGUUUUUGAGCCCCGAAUGUGAAAUUAAUCAACACGAAAAGAUCACAAUUGUCCAAGAUAAGAAUGUUGAACGGUUUGUUGAACGUCAGGAGCUUUUAUUGUCUCCGUUUGAAUACCAGAGAAUGGGGGAAGACCCCGGAUUGGUGCUAAUUUUCAAUCAAGAGUUAUUCGAAGAUCAACCUUAUCGACUUGGGAGUCGAAAAGACGUUAAUGAGAUUAUCACAACAAUGAGUCGUUUGGGUUUCAAUAUCCACGAUGAAAAUAUUUUCAAUAAUUUGACAAGAGACCAAAUUUUGGAUACAGUCACAAAACUCGUAGCUAAGGACUUGUCACAAGUCAAUAGUCUAAUAGUGUUUUUUCUCACACAUGGUGAUAGUUUCAAUCUAUUACACGCCACUGAUUUCACACUCAAAACCCACGAAUUGUGGGAGAAAUUCGUGAAAUGUGAACAUCUGAAAAACAAGCCGAAAAUGUUCAUUUUUCAGGCUUGCAAAGGUGAUUAUCAUUCCACAACGUGGGACCAAAACAAGGAAAAAAUCGAUUUGGUACCACAAAGUACCUUCGAAUCGAAUUACCUGGGCCCAGACAUGCUGAUUGUUUAUUCAACAACUGAGGGAAACGUCUCGUUUCGUGACCCCAAAAACGGCACUUGGUUUAUCCAAGAAUUGUGUAAGAAUUUCUCGGCUUAUGGACGCCGAGACGACGUGAUUUCACUAAUUAUGCGAACAACGAAAUGUUUAUGUCGGAAUUAUUACCACAAUGAGGAGGAGAUCAUCAAAAAACAGAUGCCCAUUUUUGUGUCGACUUUGAAAAAAAAGUUUUAUUUGAAUCGAAGCAAGGAUAGGAAUGCCUGGUUUCAGUUGUUGAAAAAUCAAGAAAGCAUGAUGAGGAGUAUUGAGGAAUUGAAGGAGAAGAUUAACGAAUUGUUGAAAACGAAAUAAGUGAUAAUUGAUAAUUUGUGUAUUGAUUAAUAAAAAAUCAACCAGUUUUUUUCA